ACUGCAAUCCGAUUUAGUUGAUGAUCGGCUUUCAAGGCGUUCGUUUGUCUGUUUUUCUACCUGGUAUUUCGGAUAUGUCCCCAACUAAGCCGAUCUUGUACUACGACGAUCGCAGUCCGCCGGUGCGCAGUUGUCUUAUGCUAAUUAAGCUGCUGGAUAUUGAUGUGGAGCUACGGUUCGUGGACCUCUUCAAGGGCGAGCAGUUCCAAAAAGACUUUUUAGCGUUAAAUCCUCAGCACAGUGUUCCCACUUUGGUGCAUGGUGAUCUGGUCCUGACCGAUAGCCAUGCUAUACUUAUUCACCUGGCGGAAAAGUUUGACGAAAGCGGAAACCUGUGGCCCCAGGAGCACGGGCAACGAAUGAAAGUCCUGAACCUUCUGCUCUUCGAAUGCUCCUUUCUGUUCCGGCGUGACAGUGAUUUUAUGUCGGCGAUUGUCCGCCAGGGAUUUGCCCAGGUCGACGUGGCGCACCACGAACGCAAGCUGACCGAAGCGUAUAUCAUCAUGGAGCGCUACCUGGAAUGUGGCGAUUAUAUGGCCGGGCGACAGAAUUGCACCUUUGUUGCUGCGGUUUCAGCUGACGCUCGCCGACUUUUCCAUCGUGACCACAUUGAGCACCGUCAAUCUCAUGUUUCCCCUGACGCAGUUCCCACGUCUGCGACGCUGGUUCACCGCGAUGCAGCAGCUGGAUGCCUACGAGGCCAACUGCAGCGGAUUGGAGAAGCUGCGCCGCACGAUGGAGAGUGUCGGGAGCUUCCAGUUCCCAUCCUCAUCCUCCUCCGCCUCCUCCGCCGAUGAUGUGAAAUAGUUCUAGAUGGUUAAUAAAUGGUGUGUUUAAUUUGGCUUAAGCCUGGGGUGUAAUUAAAAGUUUGCUCUUUAGGUGAAGGGUAUACAGCGGGAUCUCUAUAAAAACUUUUUGGUAAAGAGAUAAGAAAGUUUAUUUUAUUUUAUAUAAUAUAUAAACUUUUCAGUAAUUACAUAUAUUUUUAUAGGUAAAUUGGUUAUCAAACUAUUGCUUUUUGUUGCCAAACACAUUAAAUAAUAACUAAAUAUAUAUUUUUUAAUAAGUACAACAAAAUAUGUCUUAAAACAUUGUAAAAAUAUAUGUUUGACAUACAAAGUGCAUUUAUUGAAUCUAUUAAAACGCGAAUCAAAUUGAUUUUUAGCUAUAAACUACAUACAUAAAGCCAGAUGUGGGACUUUUGGUGGAAAUCAUUAUUGCUAUGUAUUAAAAUAAACAAAUAAAAGUGUAUUGAAGGCUAAAUCUUAGCCUUUCAACAUUUACAAAAUUGCAAAAUUACCAAUUUUGUAUUAGUAAGAAAUAACUUAAUUAAUACACUAUGUUACUCCUGAAAUGUUUAAAUUUGUUUGCAAGGAAAUAUUCAAAAGCCAACGAGUUGCAUUUCGACAUUAUGUUAAAGAAUUCAAAAAACAGGAAUCCGUUUGUUCUUUCUUAAGUUUUAAAAAUAACAAACUCUACAUUUUUCAACGCUGCCCACCAAAAUCUAUAAGCCAAUUUUUUUCAUUGACAGUAUUACCUUGAAAAAUAAGUUUAUAGCAUUAAAAGUGAGCUAAAAUCUAUUUUUUAUUAUACGUUUAUAUAUGGACAAAUUUUCAUAUUUUCAAAAGGGACAAACCCUGAGCAUGUAAAUAAGCACCCUACUGUAAUUCCUCGAAUUUGGCAUGUUUAUGGGUGCAGAA